AUGGCGGAAUCGGAGAAGAUAUUGCAGAGCGAGAAGGUCGUCCGCGAUGACAACUAUAUCGACAGUGAGCAGGCCGAAAAUGUCAAGAUUGGAGCUCCAGGCAUUCUCGAUUCCGAGAAUAUUCACAACGCCCGAGCAGACAAUCUCAAUGUCAUGUUCGAGAAUCCUUUGGCGAAUGUCCCUCGGGACCAGCUGUUGAAGGAAGUUGAGGACUUUUGUCAGAAGUACAACCUUAUGGACCAUAUCGACGAUUUCCGCAAGGGAGCCUUGGUCUCCCAGAACCCGGCUGCCGCUAUGGAUCUUACUGAAUUGACUGAUGAGGAGAAAAAUAUUCUCCUCCGAGAACACACUCACAAGUGGCACCAGCCAUGGCAACUCUACUGGCUCGUCAUCAUGUGUUCGAUGGCAGCUGCUGUACAAGGUAUGGAUGAGACAGUCAACAACGGUGCUCAAGCCAUUUACUUGAGGAACUUGGGAAUUAAUACUAGAUUCUCCGGAAAACAGUUGGACGACAUCACUGGCUUGAUCGUUGGUGCCCCAUAUCUCUGUUGUGCCAUCCUCGGCUGCUGGCUCACAGAGCCCCUGAAUCGAUACUUUGCUCGUCGUGGUACUAUCUUCAUCGCUUGCUUCUUUGCCGCUGUAUGCUCUAUCUGGGAAGGCGUUGCCAACACCUGGGUCAACCUCUUCAUUGCUCGUUUCUUCCUGGGCCUCGGUAUUGGCCCUAAAUCAUCUACCGUGCCCAUCUAUGCCGCGGAGUGCUCCCCAGCACCCAUUCGAGGCGCCUUGGUCAUGAUGUGGCAGAUGUGGACUGCUUUUGGUAUUAUGCUGGGAAAUAUCAUGGGUGUCGCAUUCAUGAGUCUUUCCGAUGAUCUCUCCUGGCGUCUCAUGCUUGGAUCUACUGUCGUUUUGCCACUUCUUGUUUGUGUGCAAGUAUACAUGUGUCCCGAAUCUCCUCGUUGGCUCAUUCAACACGACCAGGUUGAAAAGGCGUUCAGAUCAUUCCGCAAGCUUCGAAGUCACGACAUCCAAGCUGCCCGUGAUCUCUACUAUGCAUACGUGCUCGUCCAGAUUGAGCGCGAGAUCAACAAGGGCAAGAACUUCUUCACCAUGUUUAUGGAACUUUUCACUGUGGGCCGUAACCGACGCGCAACUAUUGGUAGCUGGAUUGUCAUGUUUAUGCAACAAUUCUGCGGCGUCAACGUCAUCGCAUACUACUCGACCACCAUCUUCACCACGUCGGGCUACUCCAUUCAAUCCGCACUGCUUGCCUCCAUGGGCACUGGAAUCCUGAAUUGGGUCUUUGCCCUUCCAGCUACAUUUACAAUCGACACGUUUGGCCGACGAAAUUUGCUCCUUACCACGUUCCCGUUUUUGGCAAUCUGUCUGCUCUGGACCGGUUUCUCAUUCUGGAUCGAGCAGGACAAUCCGUUUAGCAAGAAACGUGUUGCGAUGGUUACGACGGGCAUGUACCUCUUUGAAAUAUUCUAUUCUCCCGGUGAAGGGCCCAUCCCAUUCACUUAUUCCGCCGAGGCUUUCCCAUUACACGUUCGAGAAGUGGGUAUGUCCUGGGCAACAGCGACAUGUUGGUGCUUCAACUUUAUCUUGUCAUUUACCUGGCCGUCACUUUUGACGUCGUUCAAGCCUCAGGGCGCUUUUGGGUGGUAUGCUGCUUGGUGUAUUAUUGGAUGGUUCCUUGUUUUGUUCUUUUUGCCCGAGACAAAAGCUCUCACCUUGGAAGAACUCGACCAGGUCUUCUCCGUUCCGACCUGGAAACACGCCUCGUACCAACUCAAGAACGCUAUCUGGCAUGUCCGCGUUUGGGUCUUCCGCCAGAAAUUGGAGCCAUUGCCUCCAUUUUACCGGGGUAUCGACAAGCUCAACGAAUCUUGA